AAAUAAUGUUUUUGCUUGCCGAACGUAACAGAACCAGAAAGCUAAAUUUUAAGAUACGUCACUGCUUACAGAAUAAUUCGCAUAAUUCUAAGUAUAACUGCUUGUAUACGUAUGUUUUUACCUUAUAUUUGAAAUAUAUCGUUCAUUGGAUUUUUAAAAGCAAAUACUUCAUAAACAUGUAGAGGGAUGUAUGCUUACACAUCUAAUUUUUGUUUAUCUUUAAAAAAUGACAUUUGUUUUAUUUGAAACACUAAAAACAAUAGCAGAAUUACAAGGCAUUAAGUGAGUGCGUUAAUAGUAUUGCAAGAUAAACAGAAAUUCUCUUUGACAAUAUUCGGUAAUGUUCGUUUUGACUGUUCCUCUGGUCCUUUUAGACUCCAGCGGAUCGUUAACUCAAUGGUGGAUAGUUUGUUAUCAGCUAGUCAACUUGUCAGUAUGUAUGUAAGUCGUCUGGCUACCCUUCUAUCAGUCUUAUCAUUCGAUAUUAUAUUUGUUGCCGCCCCUUCGGGGAUAACUGGAUACGUAAUCUAUGUGGAUACGUCUACGUCUACGUCUUUUAGUCAUGAUAUGAAGUGGACUUUUGUACAUAAUUUUGUCGAAGAACUUAAGGUGUACUGUGUUCUAAUUGCAUCAUAGCACAGCAAAAAUACUCAUUAGCGUCGUCAGAUCAGUGAGCUGCAAGGAUUUCAUUUGCUUAAAGUGUUUGAAAUAAUCGGAAAUGGCUAAUGAGAAAAAUGUUGAGAAUACGAAGACCGUAGGUUCCAGUAAAGUUAGUGUACAAUUGGACAUUCUUAAAGAGCAUAUAUACUCUCAUAUAGACGAGAAACCACACCAAUGCGUAGCCUGCGAAAAAAGUUUCACACGAAAGGACAAUUUAAAUGUUCACAUGAAAACACAUUUAGGUGAAAAGCCGUUCAAAUGCGAAGCCUGUAAAAAUAGCUUUGCACGAAAGGAUUACUUAAAUGCUCACAUGAAAAUUCAUUCGGGAGAGAAGCCAUUUAAAUGCGAAGCUUGUAAAAAAAGCUUCGCACAAAGGGGAACUUUACGUGAUCACUUGAAAACCCAUUCGGGUGAAAAACCCUUCAAAUGCAAUAUCUGCGAAACAUGUUUCUCUCAGAGAAGCACCUUGAGUAAACAUAUGCAAACACAUUCGGGUGAGAAACCGUUUAAAUGCGGUAUAUGCGGAUCAUGCUUCUCUCAGAAAAGCACUGUUGACAAACACAUGCAAACUCAUUUGGGUGAGAAGUCGUUCAAAUGCGAAGUCUGCAAAAAAAGCUUCUCGCGAAAAGAUGGUUUAAAUGUCCACAUGAAAACCCAUUUAGGCGAGAAGCCAUUUAAAUGCGGCGCCUGCAAAAGAAGUUUCACACAAAAGGGCAAUUUAAUUUUUCACAUGAGAACCCAUUUGGGCGAGAAGCCGUUUAAAUGCGAAGUAUGUAAAAAAACUUUUGCACGAAAGGAUUACUUAAAUAUUCAUAUGAAAACCCAUUCGAGUGAGAAGCCGUUUAAAUGCGAAGCCUGUAGGAAAAGCUUUAAAAGAAAGGGACAUUUAAACGAUCAUAUGAAAACUCAUUCGAUUGAGACGCAGUUUAAAAGCAUAUGCUGCAAAAAAAAAAUUGCACGAAAGGAUUACAUAAAUGUUCACAUGAAAAACGAUUCGACUGAAGAGACGUUCGAAUCUGGUAUCUGCGAAGCAUGCGUCUCUCAUAAGAACAAUUUGAAUCAACCCAUGAAAAUCGAUAUAGCAGAGAAGCCGUUCGAAUGUGAAGUCUGCAAAUUUCAACUAAAAUUACGCUUACAAAAACAUCAUGAAUUUAAAUGUGUAAUUUGCAACGGAAAUUACAGGAGGUGCAAUUGUUCUGAAUAUAAUUCUACAAUGGAGAUAUCAAAAGGCAUUAUCACUGAUGAGCCAUUAAAAGAAGAAAUUACUAAACCUAUUGUGAUGAUUAAAGAAGAAGUUUUUACACCAGUUGAUGAACCUGCUAUAAAAGAUAAAAGGAGAUCUAUCGAAAUAGAUGAAAGUUAUAAGUGUAUAUCUUGCAACGAAGACAAUAAUUAUAGUUGUACCUACUCCGCCGAUUAUAUGGAAGUAACAAAAAGUUUUCAGAAGACUAGUGGACGUUCAAAUAAUAUCGCUGAUGAUUCGUUAACAGUAAAACCUUUUGAACCUGUUGUUAAAACUAAGGGAGAAGGAACGUUUAUUACUGUCAAUGAACUUAUUGAUUAUGAAAAGAAACCUAUCGAAUUAAUUAAAAUUAUCAUACCUAAAGAAGAGCCCAGGGAAGAUUAUUUUGGCACUGUCAAAAAUUUCGUUGAUCCCUUCUCUGAAGUAGAUGAAGAUGAAAGCACCCUUAACGUUAAAAAAGAAUUCAUAGAGUUCUAACAAACAAAAUUUCAUUUCUAAAGUUACAUGAUUUAGAAAUGUCAAAGUGUUUCAUGACAAAGAUGCCGUAACUGUUCCUUUAAAAUUCGCCACAUCGUAACAUGAAAGAAGCCAAGGAUCCGUGCUAUUCUGCGUGUACUACUUUGGGGGUUUUCUUGUAUGAAAUUAAGCAACAAUAUGAUCCGGUCGUUGACGUCCACGGCCCUCACUGUGGGGUAUACAUUGCCGGUUUAUCGCAAUCUCUGAAUUUAGGACGGUUUGCCGAUGAGGUUGGUGAUAUCGAUGACUGCAAAAUUCGAUCGUUGCAUUGACAUUGUAUUCACAUUUAACGAAAAUUAAUGUAUCACGUCACAAAGUUCUACUUCACUAAACAGCAUUGUAACAAUUACAAUUCUACACUGACCUGUGGCAGUGAUACCCUGACCUGCUGCCAAUGACUUCAACUGAAUACAUACAUGACAACGAUGUUAAAAGAACAAAGAACUACUACAGGUUGUCUGUAACAUCAACAUCGUCAAUCACACGUACUCUAAUGUAGCAAAUAACAAUAAUGCAUGACCACGAAGAUACAAACGAAGCAUUGUAUUGUAUUUCCCUGCAUGAUUUACCGGUGCUGGAUUGACCCUUACUUGUACAUUCAAAUACAUGUUCCAUGAAAACGGUAAACUUUCGGACCACAAAACAUUUACUUUACUUUCUUGUUUUAUAGUAGCCUAUCACCUCCUCUU